CACUGAUCUAAAUCAUGGAUCCAUUUGCCAUUCUUAUUUUUGAUUUAUUUGUGUAACAAUGUUUAUAUAAAUGUAGGUCAAAUGACUGUGCAAACUCAUCUGUUUUAAAUUAAAAUGAAAGAUGUCAUUGGACUAUCUUGUUCAGCUCUGCCAGUCAGGUAUCUACCAAUCUGAUACAAGGCAACAAAGACUUCUUGCAGACAAAGCCAAGAAGUAUAUUAAAGAGCAUGCCAUAAGCUUCAGUUCCAUGAGACACAAUGGCAAUGUUGUAAGCUCCAAUCACCCUAUGUUUGAAGCAUGUAGGGUUGGAUAUAUGCACCUUGUUAAGGAGUUACUUGAUUGUGGAGCCAGUUUGAAUGUGACAGAUGAAGAAGGCAGGAGUCCACUGUAUGCUGCUAUUUCAUCACAUAGAAAUCAACUUGACAACAUCAUGAAACUCUUGCAGUGGGGUGCCAAUGUCAACCUGUACAAGUAUAACAGAGUUCCACUUUUGUGUGCCUUCUAUGGCAUGGAUAGUCAGGUUACAAAGCUUUUAAUUCAUCAUGGAGCCGAUGUCAACAAUGUCAACCUUCCAUCUUUCUGUUUCAUCGAGUCUUUGUUUGCUCUGAACUCUGGGAUGGUGAUGAUGGCUGCCGGGGUGCGCUUCCAUUUUGAAAACUUUGAAGAGUUGCUGUCCCUUGGAACUGAAAUAGUUCUAGCAGGUCUUGCUCCUCGGACAGUUUACUUGUCUGGCAGGAGCUUUCUGACCAUAAAUUUCACUGACAAAGUCAUGUCUGAUCUUUGGGCAUUCCAGCAACUUUGUCUGGUUCUAGGUUUCCGGGUGGAUUUAUUCUGCCUCCAAGAAGCGAUAAAUGAACUUUGUAUAUCUUUAAAGACCAGCAUUGACAAUCAACAAGUGGACAUUUUGAAGCAGAGAUUGGAAAAGUUCGAUUGGAUAAAACAGUUUCAAAUGCAGCCUUUACCUCUGACCUAUAUAACUCGAAUAGCUUUACGGAGCUAUUUAUCCUCACCAAAAAUUAGCAGGGGUCGGCAUGUGGGUCAGGUGAUUGAUGAAUUACCUUUGCCAGUUUUAGCCAGAGAUUUUCUUGCCAUGAGAUAUCAACAUUCAGAAGAAGUUGCUGUUCAGAGCUGAUGUUUGUUUUUUCAUCAUAAAUAUUUGUGUGAUCUCAGACAUCAGAACUUUGUAUGCUAGCUCACAAAACUGAGGGGACACAAGAAUAAUACCUAGGAAAAAAAUAAGAUUGUUUUGCUAGAUGUAGCCGUAUCAUGUAGUGCUAAUUUUCUUUUGUCUUACAUACAAUGUAUCAUGUGGUACACAUAGUAUUUUCUUCUAUCCUGUGAUAUUACUUUUUAAUCAAAUUUUAAAUUAUUAAGUACAAGUAACUAUGGAUUAUUUAAUUAUAUUCAGGUAUGAAUGGUACAAUUUGAAAUUGUUUUAUGAUACUGUUUUAACCUGUGUUUUAUUACAAGGUCAUGAAUACAUUUUAAAGGUUGAUUAAUUUGUGAUAUGUUUUUGUUUAUUUAAGAUUUUAUAAGAACAUUUCGUUUUUAGUUAUAUUGAGUCUAUAUUUUUGUAUUUUGACGUAAAAUAGAAAUUAUAAAAAAUAUUACCUGUUAACAUAAAAUAUGUAUUUAAUAUGCCAAUGUAUUCCUCUUUAAAUCUAACACAAGUGAACAUGUUAAAAAAUUAGAAAUUGUGUUUGAAUUUUAUCAGAAAGUGCCUGCAGCACAGGAUUUCUUUUUCCUUUUUGUUUCAAUAUUUUUUUAAGUUUAACAGAGACGUUGAAGUUCACUUAGAUUUAGGUAGUUAUUUCUAAUAAGAGAUGUUUUAACUAACAGUCAAGUUUAUAUUUAAGAAUGUUUACUGUUCAUGUGAUAUACAAACAUGAAAGCAUUAACAACAACAAUGACUAUCACAUCUACCUUAAACUGAAUUGCAAAAGUUGGAGGAUUGUAGACAUUCUUUAUUUGCUGUUCUUGAAAUGUUCCAGAAUGAGCUGCUUGAAGUUUUGGUUACUUUAUAAUUGUAUUGAGUUUUUACAUGAUUAUCUUUGCUAAUUCACUGUUGACCUUUGUAAAAGUUGGAAGACACAGCAUUGUAGAUAUCCCUUAUUUUAGUCAUGGUGGAAAUGUUCCAGAAGUUAUGAUAAGCUGAUUUAAUUUUAUAAAUUAAUUAAAUAGAGCUUAUCUUUACAUCUAUGUGAAGUUUUAUAAGAUUAUCUUUGCUAAUUUACUGUUGACUUUUGCUAAGUAUUGUUUUCUCCAUAUGUGCCAAGGGUACAUGUUCACUGCAGCCAGAAUUUAACUUUUUGUUGAAGUUCCAUAUAAGAUUAAAUUUAUUGUUUUGAGACUUCAGUAAUGCUACAAAAUUGAUUGGAAAUGCUUUUUAUUAAUAUUUUUACUGGUUACUUUAGUCAUGUGAUAAAUUUUAUUUCACAUAGAUCUAUAUUUUUCAGCUAGUUAUCUAUUUAUUCGAUGGGAAUCUUAAACCCUCGUGUAAAUGGCAAAUGAUUUGUUGGAAAUAAAUAUUUCAACAGUCCAUGAUCUGUCUGUAGAGUUUGUAUUUUUGAAAGGUAAUUACUUAGCCAAGAUUUUUAAAGAAUCAUUUAAGAAUUUCUACUUUUUGACAUGACAUGGUGGGCCUGAUGGAAUAAAAGGGCAAAUCUUUAAAGAAUGUGCUGAACAACUAGCUGAACCUUUCCAAGAUAUUUUUUCUACUUCAAUAUUAAACCAUGAGAUACCACCUGUGUGGAAGUCAUCUAUAAUUGUACCUGUGCCAAAGGUUUCCAAACCGAAGGAAAUGACUAUAGACCUGUUUCACUUACUUCCAUUGUGUCUAAAUGUUAGAAAAAUUGGUUAAAAUGUUUCUUCUGAAUGAUCUUUGUAGUAAGUUAGACCCUUUACAAUUUGCUUACCAAAAGGGUUAAGGUGUAGACGAAGCCAUCCUAAAUAUUUUAAAUUGUCUACAAACAUCUGGACUUAUCGAACACUUAUGUAAGAUUGUUCUUUAUUGAUUUCUCAUCAGCUUUUAACACUAUACACUUCAUUUACUCAUUGAAAAGAUGAAAGCGUUGAAGAUUAGUCCAUACAUAAUACUAUGGGCUAAUGAAUUUUUGACCCAGAGAUCUCAGAGGGUUAGGGUACACAAUGUUAUAUCAAAUGCACGCAUAGUUAACACAGGGGGCUGUGACAUCGCCAUUGUGGUUCAUCUUGUACACCAAUGAUUUUCAUUCCGAUAGUCCUUUUUGCUCCUUCACAAAAUUUGCUGAUGAUGCGGCUCUUCUUGCCCAGCUCUCAGAGAGCUCAGACGUAAAUGAGUAUUUCAGAGAAAUAGAACACAUUGAAAAAUACUGUAAAGAUAAUUUUUUAUUAUUAAAUGUAGAAAAACCCAAAGAAUCAAUUUUCAUAGGGAAAAGAAGGAAAAGGAUAUUGUUUCUGUAGCUGGAGAGACUAUUGAAUUUUACAGCAAAUACUGAUUAUAUCAACAAAACAGGGCAGCAAAGAUUAUGAUUACUAAGAAAACUGUCCUCGUUUAAUGUUAGCGAAAAGGCCUUGGCUAUGUUUUAUCACGCUCACAUCUGCAAUAUUUCAAAUAUUUCAAAAAAAAUAAACUAUAUAGAAUCCUAAAUGCUGCUGGUCAAAUUAUUGGCAAAAAACAAACCCCAUUUGGGCAGUUGUUUGAGACAAACAUCUAUAAAAAAGCUAACAAGAGCCUCGAAAUAAUCACCAUUUGUGUCAGGAUUUUGUGAUUUUACCAUCACAAAAGAGAUACAAGACACCGAUAGCAAAGACAAACAGAUACAAACUCUUUUGUUCCCCUGGCAAUCAAAUCAUUAAAUAGGAACAAUCUGAUAUAAACUUUGUCACAUGUAAAUUAUGAGUGAGUCUGGUGUGAAUGUACACUUUGGUUUCUUAUAGUUAUAAUAUUUUUGUUUGGUGUAAUGCACAAAUUGUAAGACAAAUUUUCAUAUGGACAAUAAAGAUUAUUAUUAUUAAUAGA